GCUUAGCGUUAGCAUGUGUUGCUUUAACGCUUUUGCACGGGGACGGUGCAGCGUUUGACCUGCGAAUGAGGGCUCUUCUCUGUGUUAAAGCACAGCAGCUGCUCAGCAGAGGUUUUAUCCACCCUGUCAGGCCGGCAGCAGCAGUGCGAUGGCAAGCAGCCCCUUCCAAACUCUUCUGCAGCUCUGCACCUGAUGGAAACAACAAACCACCCUCCAUGCUGCGCCACCUGACCUCUAAAAUAAAAGCCACGGGGCCGAUCCCUGUGGCAGAGUACAUGAGGGAGGUGCUCACCAACCCUGUGACGGGUUAUUAUGUGAGGAACAACAUGCUGGGACCUGAAGGAGAUUUCAUCACUUCACCAGAAAUCAGCCAGAUCUUUGGAGAGCUGAUCGGAGUGUGGAUCAUCAGUGAGUGGAUGGGAGCUGGUCAACCCAAACAGCUGCAGCUGGUUGAGCUCGGACCUGGAAAAGGAUCGCUGGCGAGUGACGUCAUCAGAGUGUUCAGUCAGUUGCAGUCGGUGCUGGGCGGGGCCUCUGUGUCGCUGCACCUGGUCGAGGUGAGUCCGGCUCUGAGUCUGCUUCAGGCUCAGAAUCUGACGGGAAACCGCAGCCAGGAGGCAGACGCAGAAGAUGAUCUGGUUUACCGUCGCGGAGAAACUGAAGCAGGGCUACCGGUGUCGUGGUACCGCCGGUUAGACGAUGUCCCGACAGGAUUUAGUAUCUUUGUCGCUCAUGAGUUCUUUGACGCCCUGCCAAUUCACAAAUUCCAGAGGACGGAGAAAGGCUGGAGGGAGGUGUUGGUGGACAUCGACCCAGAGAAGCCGGACACGCUGAGGUUUGUCGUGGCGCCGGCUCCGACCCUGGCCUCGACGUCGCUCGUGCAGGCAGAUGAAAAGCGGGAUCACGUGGAAGUGUCUGCAGAGGGCGGGGUCAUUGUGCAGCAGCUGGCCCGGCGCAUCAUAGAGGACGGCGGUGCGGCGCUGAUCAUCGACUAUGGCCACAAUGGAACCAAGACGGACACGUUCAGAGGUUUUAAAGGUCACCAGCUUCAUGACGUCCUCGCCUCCCCUGGCUCUGCCGACCUCACCGCAGACGUGGAUUUCAACUAUCUGCGGAGGAUGGCGGGAGGAGGCGUGGCCUGUCUGGGCCCCGUCACUCAGAAUACGUUCCUGAAGAACAUGGGUAUUGACACCAGGAUGCAGAUUCUGCUGAGGAACUGCAGCGACCCGUCCACCAGGAAGCAGCUUAUCAGCAGCUACAACAUGCUGACCAACCCCGCCAAGAUGGGCGAGCGCUUCCAUUUCUUCAGCCUGCUGCACCCCAGUCGCCUUGCCAAGCCCCAGAAACCACAGGGGCUGAAGCUUGAGAAGAAGAAGAGCCCGGCACCGCUGCCUGUGGCCGGAUUCACCGAGCUCAAGUUCGCCUGAAAGAGACGACUUUGAAAUUUUGGCUGCCGGGUCAGUAGUGAGUGUAAACAACUACACUGUCCCAAACUUCUUGAACUGACUGCACCACAAAGCAAACAAAGAGAUUUACAGAGCUAAAAACGAGCAGACAGCUGCUUCAUCACUUCCUUUAAGCCUGUGUGAAAUCCAAAAUGGGUGAGUCAUUAAUUAGAUUCACUCCUGUAGAGUCAUUAUAAAGGAGGAAACUAUCCAAAAAGGCCAAAACUGUUCUUUUGUAGCUGUAAACAUGUUUGUUUCUGCUGUAAAGUUGAACUUUUUAAUAUGGAAGUCUAUGGGGCCUUUUGGAGAAAGCCUCAAGUGGACAUUAGAGGAACUGCAGUUUUUGGCACUUUAACUUGGGGAGUGUGAGAGUUUGGACAUUACGAAAUGUCUGUUGGUUUAAAAGAUCAUGUUCUGAUGUGUUUUAACAAAUAUUUAAGGAAAACACAUUUUGUAGUUUUAUGACCUAUAAAUAAAAAUUUCAAAACAUUAAAA